UUCUAUUUCUCCUACAGCUAUCCUCGUUUGCUACAUCUGUCAUCCCACGUGGCAAACGCUCACAAAAGGCUUGCCUUGGAGCGAACUUCGCGAGAACUAAUCACGACUGCUCGCCAACGUCGCAGACGGCUUGCCAUUCGCAACACCAAUCGUCAAUCCUGGAGCUAGAGACCAUAGAGAUCAGGACAGAUUAGACUGAUACAAACAGCACCCACAUUAGUCGUAAGUGAGUAAGACUGACUUAUUUUCCUUUCGUGUUGGUCUGACACUGUUGUACCUUUUUUUUUUUUUGGCGAGAGCCUGUUCCCUCCCUGGACUUUUAGACUACACUGCCCUGGUCUUGUUUUUAGUGGCAAGAUGGAACCUAGCGUCGGACCGCCUCUCGCUGCAAAGCAUGAUCAGCGGGAGUCAGGAGCUGACAAGGGUGGUUCCGAAGAUUCCGGUAGUGGCGGGCCCAAAUGGCUGAACCAAGGCGUUAUUAUCAAGGCCGCUUGCGUGCUGGGUGGAGCGUACAUACUGAAGAGAUUAGUUAGCCGGGCUAGGAGGGAUCACUGUCGCGAGGUUACUAAUCUGUUGACCGGAGAGAAGUUUUCCGCUGACCAAGCAGCACGCGACCCCGCUAACUUCUUCAAUCUGAGGCUCGAUUCUUGUCCAGCAGCAGUUCUGGAAGACGGCUCUCGUGUCCUUUACUGCGAGCAGGCUUUUUGGAGAUCACCAGAAAAGCCUUUUCGCCAGCGUUUCUAUGUUGUGAGGCCGUGCGCCAAGGAAAUGAAGUGCGAUGCUGAGGUGGCCAGCUAUGCUCUACGAGAUGUUGAAGAGUACCGCAAUUUCUGUGAGCGACCAAAGAAUCAACGGCCACAACCAGAGGAAGUCAUUGGGGACAUUUCGGAGCACCUUGCGACGGUCUACCUUUCACGGUGUGAGGGGGGGCGGAAGUGUGCAUACGAGGGGUCCACACCUCCAGGAGGUUUUCCAAACAACUGGAAUGGAGCCACUCGAUGCACCUCAGAGCUCACUCUCUUUCGUAGUGGAGAAGUCCAUAGCUGGGAUAGAGGCUACAAGGAUGAUGGGGUGCAGGUGUGGGGUCCCAAGUCCGCUCCAUACGAAUACAAGCCAAAGCACAUGGUUAGCAGUAACUUUCGUUCGAAUGAAGCUGAUCAGGGAAAGAAGUGAAGUAGUGGUUAGGUAGAUCGUGGGAGUCUGUUCAGCCAGGAGGUCCCUCCAUGGUUCAACAUUUUUUGCAGCUAGUGUUAUUGCAUGUAGCGCAAGACUAGGGGUAGCCAGUUGGCAUUGCAUGAAUCUUUAUUAGAUGCAUAUACGAUGGGACAAGCAAAGCAAACAUGCCUACCUACAU